CUUUGUCACAUUCUCGCAAAAUGGCGAUCAAAGAGAAGUCUUCUAUUGUCGACCCUAGAUUUGAUACGAGCAGAUGGAAGGAUAAUACAGUAAAAGCCUCCACCUCAAAAGAAGAUCUUGAUCAAGAACAGGAUGAGAAUGAGAGUUCUGAGGACGAUGAGGGCUUCGAAGAAGAGGAUGAUUACGAUGACGAGGACGAAGAAGAUGAAGACGACGAAGAGGAAGAGUACGAUGACGAAGAUGACAUUGCUCCACCAACCGGUGGACCUGUAGUAAAACCAUUAUCACGAGAAGAAUUGGAAAAGUAUGAAGAAAAGCAACGUAAGAAAGGAAUAAUUUACAUUUCCAGAAUACCACAUGGAAUGACAGUUGCAAAAGUUCGACAUCUUUUAAGCGGAUUUGGAGAUGUUGAAAGAAUUUAUUUACAAGAUGGACGUGAAAAAGAACGUGGUGAACGAUUGACGGGAAGAGCAGCAAAAUCCGCUCAUUUUACAGAAGGUUGGGUUGAAUUCGCUCAAAAGAAAGUGGCAAAAACUGUUGCUGAUAUGUUGAACGCUCAUCCUAUCGGUGCAGCUUCUGGUGGCAGUGGAGGUGGAAAAGGCGGUAAGAAGGCUGGCGGGAAGAUGUCUGCAAGAAGAUGGAGAGACGAAGUUUGGACGAUGAAGUACUUAAGCGGCUUCAAAUGGGGCAUGUUGAGCGAACAAUUGGCAAACGAGAGGGCUUCAAGAGCUUCUCGAGUGCGGGCGGAAUUGAGUCAGUCCACCUUUGAACAAAAGGACUACCUACGCAAAGUGGAAAGAGCCAGAGUCAUGCGGGAUAAGCAGGCUAGAUUGGAUGCAAAGCUGCAAAAACAACAACAACAGUCUGAUACAACAAACGGUUCAACAAACACAAAAACUCUCAAUCAACCACGUCAACACACGUUCAGACAAAGAGAAGCCGUCUUACGGGAUGUGCGGGAACAGAGAGAUACAACCAAGAGAAAGAACGAAGAUGGUCAUCCAGAGAAGGAUCGCCCCUUCAAAUCAACAAAACAAGAUACACAACCGCCCAAAUCAACUGCAGGCAGAUCAAACGCCUUGCAAGGAGCCAUGUCCAAGAUCUUUUGAUGAUUUUAUGAAUUGCACAAUGUACUAUAAUACAGCAUGAAUAAAUUUUACAAAUUAGUCU